GGAACACAUACAGAGGCUAGACCGAGAAGUAAAUGAAUUUGUUGAUUAUUUGUUUGGACCAAGGGAUCAAAGAGUUAGAGGAUGGUUUAUGCUGGAUUCCUGUCUUCCCACUCUUACACUGACUAUCCUUUAUGUUCUAUCCGUAUGGUUGGGGACCAAAUAUAUGAAGAAUAGACCAGCCUUUUCUCUCAGGGGCCACCUAAUUGUUUACAAUCUUGCAGUUACUUUGCUCUCCUUGUAUAUGUUAAUAGAGCUUAUUCUUUCAACAUGGGAAGGCAGCUACAACUUACAAUGCCAGAACUUAGACAGUGCGGGGGAAGCAGAUGUGCGGGUGGCCAAAGUGCUGUGGUGGUAUUAUUUUUCAAAAGCAAUUGAAUUUUAUGGACACCAUUUUCUUUGUUUUACGGAAAAAAAGAAUAGCCAAAUCACUUUCCUCCAUGUUUAUCACCAUGCCACAAUGUUCAAUAUAUGGUGGUGUGUUCUCAACUGGAUCCCAUGUGGACAAAGUUUCUUUGGACCUACCCUGAACAGUUUCAUCCAUGUUCUUAUGUACUCCUACUAUGGCCUGUCAGUUAUUCCAUCCAUGCACAAAUACCUCUGGUGGAAGAAGUAUCUUACUCAGGCCCAACUGAUUCAGUUCCUGCUCACCAUUUCUCACACGCUCAGUGCGGUGGUUAAACCCUGUGGGUUUCCUUUUGGAUGUCUAAUAUUCCAGUCAUCCUAUAUGACUACAUUGGUCAUAUUAUUUGUAAACUUUUAUCUGAAGACAUACAAGAAGUCAACAAAAUCUGAUUCUAAUAGAACAGCAGCCAGCUUAGAUCUGAAGAACGGAUAUCACAAGGACUUAAUGAAUGCAAGCAAUGGUUUUGUGCACAAGAAACACAACUAG